AUGGUUGAGCUGAGAGCCACUACUUCUUUCCCGUUUCUCACAGUGGAAGCAAUUCUGAAUUGCGAAAUAAUAUUGGGAGUGGCUUCCCUCGGCCUCCUCAUCGGAGCAAAAUAUAGAACGGAUACUUGUCAAACAACAAUGUCCGAUUCCACUACUUCCAAACUUAACUUGAGUACAGAGUCCAUUCAGGUUGCAGCUGAAGAUGCUCGGGAAGCCCAGAUCACCAAGCAGGCUGUAGCUGAAGAUGCUCGGGAAGCCCAGAUCACCAACCAGGCUGCAGCUGAAGAUGGUAGCACAUUCAUGGAUCCUAUAUUGUACGUGGCUGCAGCAGAUGGUGACAUCCAUGUACUUGAGCAAUAUGGCAUUCAUGUCCAACUAACCCCAAAAAAGAAUACAGUUCUCCAUGUUGCAGCCCAAUUCGGUCAAGCGGACUGCGUUAACUGGAUCCUUCAGUUGCCUUCUCCUUCAUCACUAUUGCAAAUGCCCAAUGAGAAAGGUGACACUCCACUUCACCUUGCAGCCAGGGAAGGGCAUUUGACAGUGGUGAAAAAUCUGAUUGACGCUGCCAAACAACUUCAAGAAGGAGACACAGAGAGAGGGGGUACAAUAGUUUGUAAGGCCAUGCUGAGGAUGACAAAUGAGGACAACGACACAGCCUUGCACGAGGCAGUGAGAUAUCAUCACCCUGAGGUGGUGAAGUUAUUGAUUCAAGAAGACCCCGAGUUCCCCUAUGGUGCUAAUGCUGAAGGCAACACUCCCCUUUACAUCGCUACUGAUUGGGGAUUCGGAGACUUGGUGCAGAUGAUCCUAGACAAUUGCUCUUCACCAGCUCAUAGUGGCAUCAACGGUCGAACGGCUUUGCAUGCUUCGGUAAUUCUCAAUCACCAAGCAAUGACAAAGAAGAUACUGGAAUGGAAGCCUGCUUUAACUAAAGAAUUAGAUAAAAAUGGGUGGUCCCCCCUUCACUUUGCUGCAUAUGUGGGUUGUCAUCCAACAAUAGUGGCGCAAUUGCUAGAGAAAUCUGACAGGUACGUGGCCUACCUAGGCGUCAAAGACCAUGGAAACAGGACAGCUCUUCAUAUUGCAGCGAGCCGAGGCCAUGUGGACAUAGUGAAGCUGCUGGUGUCACGCUUUCCAGAUUGUUGCGAGAAAGUUGAUGAUAAGGGCAAUAAUGUUCUUCACUUGAUAAUGCCAAAGAAUGGAAUAUUUGCAACUUCGGGUUUGUCAAAUAUUCGCUGGUUGAGGGUGAGAGGACUCUUGAAUGAGAAGAAUGUUGAAGGAAAGACACCACUCUAUCUGUUUCGCAUGUCUAUCAGAUCGGAGACGAUGUUAACGUGGAUAUUGGACACCUUAGUAAGAUUGUUUCAGAGACUGGAUCAGAGAGUUAGUAGACCCUCGGGUUCGCUAAAGAUCAAGGAAGACAGCGAUAGUAGCAAUAGCAGCGAUAGCAGCAAUAGCAGCGAUAGCAGCACUAGCAGAAAUAGCAGCGAAAGCAAAGAAAGAAAUGAAAUGAAGAAAACAAUGAAAAGCCAUAUGUUAGUGGCGACACUCAUAGCAACCGUAACCUUCGCGGCAGGUUUCACACUGCCUGGUGGUUACAUUCAGAACGAGAGCAAUGACCAGGGCAUGGCUGUCUUAUCGCUCCCUACCAAUGGCACCAAGGGCAAGGACCAAUACAUGGCAUCUGCAGUAAGGGAAAAUUUCAUACUUUUUGUCAUGGCAGAUAGCACAGCCAUGGUACUGUCUAUGUGUGCUAUUGGUAUUUAUAUCCUUGCCGCAGUCCCUACGAAUCACAAGAACACCCUCGUGGCAUUCUUAUAUUACGGCUAUAUGCUAACCAUGGCUGCGAUGCUUUUAAUGGUGUCUGCAUUUGUUGGGGGCCUGCAAGCUGUGCUUUAUUCGUCUGAAUUGUUUGUUGGUAUUACCACUUUCAGCCUUUAUGUCUUCUUUUUGUUUUUGGCUCCAUGUUUGCUUAAAUUGCUAAGAGGCCCAGGGUUUUUUUUGUACCACCGAUUGCAGAGGAGCCAAACAUAG